AUGACUGUGGUGUUGACUGACUCGUGAUAUAUACUGCCAUCUAUUGGUGAGAGUUAAGAAAUGCAAGGUUGAACAUAAUAUAAAACAUCUGACCCUCUGUGUUAUUUCUCCAUCUCUGCUCACAGUGUAUUAUUGUCCUUCAUUUAGCUCCAGCCUCAGGAGAUCAGCCCGCCCCCCACUGCCAACCUGGACCGCUCUAAUGACAAGGUCUAUGAGAAUGUCACAGGACUGGUGAAGGCUGUCAUAGAGAUGUCCAGUAAAAUUCAGCCUGCGCCUCCCGAGGAAUACGUGCCAAUGGUCAAGGUAGGAGAGACACAGUUUUCGUUAACUCCACAUUUAAUCAUCAGGGUUCAUUAGGGCACACUGUAGCAAAACGUCUAAGUUUCGCUCUUUUUGGAAAUGUUUUAACCCUACUGAACAUGGCUACACGUGACAGAGCAGAGUUCUAGGAUUGGUUCAUAUGAGUGUUUGUGUUUCAGGAUGUGGGUCUGGCACUGAGGACACUCCUGGCCACAGUGGAUGAAACAAUCACGUUACUUCCAGCUAGCACACACAGAGAGGUAUGUUAACCAGGCAUGGGCCAUUUCUGAUCCAGUACUAUGUUAGUACCCUCUGCCUUCCCUUAUACAGGAAUUUACAGGAAAUGAUGUUUUAAUGAGUAAUAUAAUACUGUGCACCCUGUUCAUUCUCUCAAACUAUUUUUAUUUAAUCUCUCAAUAUAUAAUAAUAAUAAUAAUAAUAAUAAUAUAUGGAACAUUAUGUUUUAAUAAAGUACUAUCUUAUCUUACUAUCCUAUCUUAUCUUAAAGGUGGAGAUGGCCCAGAAGCUGUUGAACUCUGACCUGGCCGAGUUGAUCAACAAGAUGAAGCUGGCCCAGCAGUAUGUCAUGACCAGCCUGCAGCAGGACUAUAAGAAACAGAUGCUGACAGCCGCACACGCCCUGGCUGUAGACGCCAAGAACCUUCUGGACGUCAUCGACCAGAGCCGGCUCAGGAUGUUGGGUCAGGCCCGGCCGCCACCUCACUAG